AUGUCACACACUCCAACUGCUAUAUAUUCAUGUCCAGAUAUCCCAUCAAAAAACUUCGAAGUUGAUAUCACACAGGAGAGAUUUAAUACGACGAAUGGUAAGAGCACAGGUCCCAGUGAGCAUGUGCUGAAUGCGGGCCAGGUCGACCAGGACAAGCCUUCAGAUCCAAAACAUAUCGAUGACGACUCGAGUAAAGGCCUGACCGCUUUGAGCAAAUUAAGAUGCCAACUGACGGGAUUGCAGGAUGACAUCAACGACUUUCUAACACAGAGAAUGGAGCAUGCCAAGAACAAGAAAUUGAAAGUAAGUGACGAAAAGCGGCUCGACCAAGAGAUCAACGAAUUGCUCGAUGGUGGCGACGGCCAAGAUGAAUAA